CUUUGCUCAUUUAAUCCCACCGAGUUUAGUGUUAUUACAGUCUCAAAAGAAGAGCGAAAUGGCUAUCAGGAAACCAAACAAAUUGGCUCAAGCGGCAGUGAUGAAGCAAAUCCUGAAAAGAUGCUCCAGCUUAGGAAAGAAACAAAGCUGCGAUGAACAAGGAAUCCCCGUGGACGUCCCCAAAGGCCACUUCGUUGUAUAUGUGGGGGAAAACAGGAGCAGAUACAUCGUUCCCAUCUCUUUCUUGACCCGACCCGAGUUCCAGACCUUGCUCCAUCUAGCGGAAGAAGAGUUUGGUUUCGGUCACGACAAAGGGCUCACUAUUCCUUGUGAAGAAGUUGUUUUCCGCUCUCUGACAUCGAUGCUCAGACACAGAAUGAGAAAAGCUACCAUUGUUGAAGGAGACUGAUAACAAUAAGGCUAGUUAAUGGAGAAGAUGAUUAAGGUGAAGCUGCUUCAUUGCUUCUCUUAUAUUUUUCUUCUCUCACUCUCCCAAAAACCCAGGAAUAUUAUUUAGUUUAUGUCUGGGUUUUAGGUUUGUAAAUCAACACCAAUGUACCCUGUGA